CUUUUCCUAUAUUUUUUUAGUAGUAGAGUAGGAGGAAAGAAGCUCAAGAGCGUGCCACGUGUCCUUUAAUAAAAUGGCAGCACGAACUCUAUUUAUAAAACCGAAGAGAGGGGAUUCUCCCCCGAGCAGUUUGAGAUCCUUCGUCAGAGAGGAACUGAUUAAAAUGGAGCAAUUGCCGGAGAACCGGAGCGAAGCAAAACGUUUGGCGCCGCCGCAAGGCAUUCACCAGAGCGAUGUGGACGAGGAUGACGAGAACGUAAAUCAGCUCAAUGAAUGUUCUUCUCUUUAUCGCUUGAUGCAGGAUUGUGUUGUUCGAUCAAAUAGGAAUUGGAAAGCAUGCCAGCCAGAAAUACAUGCUUUGAGGGAAUGCUCUGAAAAGAGAAAAAACGUCCAAGGAAAGUAGACCUGUGCCGAAACUGAAUUUGUUUUUAGCUGCUUAUGAGGUUACCUUCUGUGCUUCCUAGUUCUUCUUAACAAUGAUGUACAAACACUUCCCUCACCAGAUGAAUAUUUUUUAGCAUAGUCAAUUGAAAUAAUUAAGUUGAAUACGGGGAAAGGGAUCUUUUACAUACAGAAAUCUAUAGGAAGCAGGGUUUUCCGAUUGAAAUGCCGAAUAUGUUUUUUGAGGUUAGAGAAAUCACGUCCCUAACUUGUUUUUACUUAAAUUCACUUGGCAAAACAGCCUUUUUAUAGUCAGACAUCUUAAAGGAUUUGAAACAAAAAAAAUCUGACCUUGUAAGAAGUACAAAUCUAUCAUAUAUUAAGAGUAUGGAUUGGAAUUAUGUGACGCAAUUUUAUAGUUACCCAUCUGAUGCAUCAAACGGUUUGCCUCUUGGGGCCAAAAGUCAUGGAGGCAAUGAUCCAAUUACCUACCACAAUUCUAUUAGUCCACUCAACUAUAAUUUGUCUCUAGGGAAAAUGUCAUUUAUGAUGACUAAUUUAUUAUUUAUAAAAGAGAGAGGUAGAGCACUAGUAACAUCCCAAUACAUUUUUGAAUUUUCAAGGACUAUUAGAAUUUUGUAUUCAUUGAAUUUGAGAGAAGAAACAAUUACAUCACUAUUACAAAAUGAGAAGACCCUUAAAAUAUAAUGUAAGGGUGAGCUGGCCCUGCAACCAAGCUGGACGAACUGCCUGACGAAUCCUAGUGUUGUAACUGCAUAGGGCCUGAUAGUGAACAUGAAGUAGCAUGAGAUUGUUAGAAAAAUCUUUUGGAUGUAUUGGAAAAGUUCCUUGCAUCAUUUUCGUUGGUGGGACCCAGAAAACAUGGAAUGGAGAAUCCGGAAAAAAUGAAAGGGUUACUGUAGGACCAAAAGUUGCAGAUUUUUUGCAAGAUGUUUAUUCCCUGAACAUCUAUAUAUAUAGAUGGUUUCAGCUUUUCCAAAGAAAAACAAAUUCUGAAAUUUUUUCCUUCAUUUUAAAAUUUGAUCCUAGAAACCAUUUAAUUUUAGUUCUAGCGACAAUGUGAAUGACAUGUUAAUUUUUGAUAUGUUAAUUUUUAGUAUAUGUAAUUAGAUUGUAGAUAGAAUUAAAUUGUUUCUAAGAUCAAAUUUUGAAAUGAAAGAGGGAGUUUCAGAAUUUGUUUUUCGUUUUCUAUGUAUAAGAAAAAACUGAAACCAUCUAUAUAUAGAUGUUCAGGACCAAGACCAGCAACAUAAUCUGCAACUUUUGGUACCAGCACAUUAACCCUUUCAUCUUUUCUCUCCAUUCCAUGUUUUCUGAUGAUGGGUCCUAUUAACGAAAAUGAUGCAAGGAACUUUUGCAAUGCAUCCAAAAGAUUUUUCUAACAGAGAGAGCUGGGUGUGAUGCACACUUACUGCCUAUGUUAGUAUAUGCAUCGUGACCAUAAUUACAGGUCAGUUGCGUGUCUGAAGAAGCACUGACUGAACUCUCUUAUAUAGAAACUCCAAUCACAUUAGAUAAAUUAUGAACUUUGGGGUACCCUUUAGUUGUUGCAUAAAGUUCUAUUUUCUUCUUAGUUGCAUACUACGUCAGCUUGGUCAUUGAUUCCUUAUGCUCCAGCCAACAGCUUUUAACUUGGACUGAUACGGUGAUUUUCAGUAAUUACUGGUGAUAGAGUACAUGUAAAAUUUUAUAUGACCAUUGGAAGAACUUUGCAAGUAUAAUAAAUAGUGAAAAUAGUUUGUCCUUUUAUACGUGGAGGAAUCAAGCCUGUUUUUGAUUGUGGUGUAGAACUUGACUGCAUGUUGUGUUCGUGGCAACUGUAUGAUUUGUGCACUUGGUCGAAACUAAUCUCUCAGCACUUUCUCACUAGCUAUGUUUAUUAGCAAACGAUAAAUGAUUAUAGAUUAAGGAUUCCGAGGAAGCUACCCUAGUGAUAUUAUUUUAUUAUUCAUUUUCAUUAAUUCACUCUGAUCUAUUCCUCUGAA